GCGGCCACCCGGAUCACCUCUGGUCAAAACACCGCGACAGGCCACGACGUCUAAUCUUGCCAUUGACACCUACCUCAUCCUCGACCCUCAGCCUCCUUUCAACUCUUUUGCUCAUUAUUCUUGAUAACCCUAGUGGACUUGAUCACAUCCAAGUUUUUCAUUCCCGGACCCUUGGUGAUCAGUCUUGCUGCCUGCCUUAUUCACGCCCUCCUGGAACUUCCUCCCCCCUUGAUCACACCACAACCAUGGGCGACGAGUACGAUUUUCUUUUCAAGGUGGUUCUCAUAGGAGACAGUGGCGUCGGCAAAUCCAACCUUCUGAGUCGAUUCACCCGCAACGAGUUCAACCUCGAUUCAAAGUCCACGAUUGGUGUCGAGUUCGCGACAAGAUCGAUCCAGGUCGACACCAAAACAAUCAAGGCUCAAAUCUGGGAUACCGCGGGUCAAGAGCGAUACCGAGCGAUUACAUCUGCCUAUUAUCGAGGUGCUGUGGGAGCCCUCCUUGUCUACGAUAUUAGCAAGCAUCAAACAUACGACAAUGUCACAAGAUGGUUGAAAGAGCUGCGGGACCAUGCCGAUGCCAACAUCGUCAUCAUGCUUGUUGGAAACAAGAGCGAUCUGCGCCACUUGCGAGCCGUUCCAACAGAGGAAGCUAAACAAUUUGCUAGCGAGAACAAUCUCUCCUUUAUCGAGACAUCUGCGCUCGAUGCUAGCAACGUCGAACUGGCGUUCCAAAACAUUCUCACAGAAAUCUAUCGGAUCGUGUCCAGCAAGGCAUUAGACAAUGGAGAUGCGGCACAAGCUCCGUCAGGUGGCGUCAAGAUUGACAUGACACCCUCUGGAACUCCGGACGCUAAGGGGGGCAAGUGCUGCUGAUUUGGAUUUGAUACGCGGUAUACUCGGAGCACGGCGUUUUUCAUGUCAAAGUAUGAAUUUGAUAAUGUAUUCAUGUGCUGAUGAUUUGCAUGACUCAUGAGCAAGCACCACAGCUUCAUGAUAAGACAUCCGGUGAAUGUUCCAUGUUCGAUAAGACUUCAAUUCCAACCCCGAAUCUCUUGGUCGAGCCGUUGAUAUUUUGAAAUUGUCAGUUCGCAUUUCGAUCGUGUCACCGUUGCCC